GGCUAUGGAUAUUCAGUUUAUUAGUAGCCCGCCAACUGCAGAACAGUGAAAACGUUUUCAUAUCUGGAUAUAUAACUCACAAUUCGAUCGGAAUCCAUAAUGAAGUGCUUCAUCUUGGCUGCCCUAUUGCUGGCCACCCUAGCCAGCGGCGAGAACAUCUUUAAGAUCAACAUCACCCCCGAGGAGGCUCAGCAGUUUUUGAACUCCGCCCAAUUGCGUGGCAUUAGCGACAUCGAGUAUGCCCCAAAAACCGGAGAGAAUCCUCUGCCCGAGGCUCGCAACGAGAAGGGAGAAUUCGUGUACAUGGGCCGUGUGAUCGAGCAUCCUGAGGAUUAUGUCGAGGAGCAUUACGACGCCCAUCAGUACCAUGGCCAGGAUGGUUUGGGUCAGUUUGCCUAUGGCUACAGGGACUGGAACCAGGGUAAGAACGAGAAGCGUGACGAGACUGGCAAGGUGACUGGAUCGUACAAGUAUGUCCAACCACAUGGUCGUGACUUUGUGGCCAACUACUAUGCGGAUAAGACCGGUUUCCAUGUUGAGGACAACCGUCCAGCACAUCUUAAGCUUCCGGCCACCAAGACUCCGGCUGUCCUUAAGGCCGAGGAAGAGCAUUUCAAGCUUUGGGGUGAACUGGCUGCUGCCGCUGGCCACAAUCCUGAUCCUUAUGCCGCCGAAUACCAGCAGGAGGGUCGUUACCAGCCCGCUGAGCCCGAGUACCAACCCUAUGUCCAUGAGGAGCCACCAUAUGUUCCUGGACCCGAGGAGACCGGUGAACCCAAGGGAUUCUUCUACGCCUUCGACUACAAUGUCCCAUUGUUGCGCAACAAGGAGGAGCGCGCCGAACUGGAACGUCUGCGGGCCAUCAACAACAAGGAUGAAUAGGUUCUAAAUCCGAAUCCUUUCGGAUUUGGGAGAUCCAUCGCAUCCAUGGAUCGCCUUGUACAGGUCGUUCUGUAGAAAGUAGCCAAUACAUUCCACAUAUUUAUUGAAUCCUUCGCUAAAUAAAUCGCAGCUUCAACUACA